ACUUAUCUCUCUCAAAAUUCUAAAUUGUUAGAAUUGACUCCAACAAUAGGACGCGUCAUGUCGAAACCAAUUACCUUUGUUACGGGCAACGCCAAGAAGCUAGAGGAAUUAGUCGCAAUCUUAGGCCCCGAUUUCCCGCGCACUAUUGUGUCCAAGAAAGUAGAUUUACCGGAGUUGCAAGGCGAUAUUGAUGAGAUAGCUGUAAAGAAAUGCAAGGAGGCGGCAAGUCGGGUGAAUGGUCCAGUGUUGACGGAAGACACCAGCCUGUGCUUUAACGCUCUAGAGGGCUUGCCAGGGCCAUACAUCAAGUGGUUCUUGGAGAAGCUGAGGCCAGAGGGAUUGUACAGGCUACUUGCCGGAUGGGAAGAUAAGUCCGCGGAGGCAGUGUGCACAUUUGCCUAUUGCGAAGGCGCCGAUGCAGAGCCGAAGCUGUUCAAGGGCGUUACAGAGGGUGUGAUCGUACAGCCGCGUGGUCCCAGGGACUUUGGAUGGGAUCCCGUGUUCCAGCCAAAGGGCUAUCAGAACACCUAUGCUGAAUUGCCCAAGUCGGAGAAAAACACCAUCUCGCACCGUUAUCGGGCCUUGGCACUGCUUCGAAAGCACUUCGAGACCGAAGACAACUAAGACCUUACUUUUUAUAAACUAAGAAUGAUUUUAUUUAAUAUUUGAAUAUUUGUUCUACAAUGUCGAGAAAAUGUUACAACUCAAGAGCUUCGAGGUACUACUUUAAUCCAUAUCU